GAAAUUCUCAUCACCAAACAUUAAUCUCUUUCUUUAAACAAUUUAUCCCUUCUUAACAUCAAUAAUCAGUUAGAAACCAACAUCAAGAAAAUGAAGCGAGCAGGGGUGGUGGCAGUCAUCCUCCUUCUUUCCUUGGCAUUGGCUGAGGCGGCUCCAGCGCCUGAUUACGUUAACCCAGGUGAUGUAACUAUCGUACCCGUGGAGCCUAAGGCACCCAACGGGCCCAAGGAUAAGGAGCCCAAAGAGCCCAAAGAGCCUAAGGAGCCAAAAGAGCCUAAAGAACCCAAAGAGCCUAAGGAGCCUAAGGAACCCAAAGAGCCUAAGGAGCCUAAGGAACCCAAAGAGCCUAAAGUGCCUGUGGUUUACACACCUCCUUCACCACCAACAACUACCCCUCCACCACCCACAACCACCCCAUCACCACCCACAACCACCCCAGCGCCACCUACGACUACCCCAUCACCACCCACGACGACCCCAUCUCCACCCACGACAACCCCAACUCCACCAUCAUCAUCUAGUCCUAAGCAAGUAAGGUGCAUGGACAGGUACUAUCCGGGCUGCUACUAUAGGCAAUUUACUUGUCCCGCUGCAUGUGCUGAGAGUUGCCAAGUUGACUGUAACACUUGUAGUCCUGUUUGUGAUUGUAACAAGCCAGGUGCGGUGUGCCAAGAUCCAAGGUUCGUAGGAGCAGAUGGAAUUACAUUUUACUUCCACGGCAAGAAAGACCAAGACUUCUGCCUCGUCUCCGACUCCAACCUCCACAUCAACGCUCAUUUCAUUGGAAAACGUACCGCUAACAUGGGACGAGACUUCACCUGGGUCCAAGCCCUAGGUCUCCUCUUUAACAACCACAAGAUCUACAUCGGAGCCCAAAAGACCGCCACAUGGAACGAUGCCAUGGACCGUAUUUCCCUCUCCUUCGACGGCCAACCCAUCGACCUCCUAGAAACCGAGGGUGCCAGCUGGCAAUCACCUGCUGGAGACGUGACCAUCACCCGUGUUAGGGCAACAAACGCGGUAGAAAUACAAGCCGAGGGUAACUUCAAGAUCAAGGCGGUUGUGGUCCCAAUCACCCAAAAAGAUUCCUUGAUCCACAAGUAUGGUGUGACACAAGAAGAUUGUUUUGCUCACCUUGACUUGAGCUUCAAGUUUAACUCGUUGACUAGACAAGUGAGUGGGGUAUUGGGUCAAACUUAUGCUAGUAACUAUGUGAGUAGGGUUAAGAUGGGAGUGGCAAUGCCUGUCUUAGGUGGCGAUAGGGAAUUCCAUUCCUCAAGUAUCUUUGCUACUGAUUGUGCUGUGGCUAGGUUCAACGGGAAAGGGAAAGGGAAAGGGAAUGGGAAUCAAAUUUCUGAAGAGGGAAUUCAGUUUGCUGAUCUCAACUGUUCUUCUGGAUUCAGUGGCCGUGGAGUUGUCUGCAAGCGUUGAUGCACUUAAUUACUAACUUAUCAGAAUUAAUUAAUUUAUUACCAUUGUAUUAUUGAUUAUCAAGGAACUAAAUAUAUGUAUUUGGCAUAUUCUUAUUUCAUUAUACAAUAAAGAAUAUUGUCAUAUUGUGUGAUUAAAGUUUUAUAAAUGCAUGCAUACAAAUUGACAUUGUUUUCACAUAUAAUACGAAGUAUAUAGUCAA